CAAAAUUACUUAUUAAACCUUUUUUUCCCCCUUACCUUUCCAAACAAAAAAAACCCAAAUUUGAAAAGAAAAGACCGCGUCCUGGUCGCUUUGUCUCACACACACAGUCUCAUAAUUGAUUGAUUCUGUUGUGUUCCGUUUCGGUCUCAAUUUUCAUCAACAACGAACUCAGGGGCAAAUUAAAGAAUGGAGGAUAGCUCGCACACUGACUUAGAUUAUGCUAAAGCAGAACUUGAGAAGCUUAGGGCAGAAUGCCGAGUCAAAACACAACAAAUUGAAAGUUUGAAGAAUGAUCGUGCCCGAGAAACUACAAAUCUUGCUGAGAAACAUGCCCGUGAGCUCGAUCUCAAGUCAGAGGAGAUUUAUGAACUGAAGAGAAUUAAUGAGGAUCUUGAGUCUAGUUUGCGCGAAAAAGAGAAGUACAUUGUGCAUUUGAAUUCGGAGAAUAACAAGAUUGAAGCUAGGUUUGCUGAGAGGGUGUUCAAAUUGGAGGGAAGUAAUAGUGAGUUGGUUUUGACUUUGGAUGAAAUUACUGCUAGAAACAGUUGUUUGGAGAAGAAUGUUUGUGAAAGUAGCGAAGAAGUUUCGCGCCUUAAGUCGUCGUUAUUGGCUGCUGAGAAGAAGUGUAUUGAGGCUGAGGAGAGAGCUAAGCAAGCCAAGACGAUGAAAUUGAAAGAGGAUGUGAUAAUGCAAUUGGAGGAAGAAAAUGUUACUGUGCAAGAUAAAAUUAAAUGGAGAAAUGAACAGUUUAAGCAUCUUGAAGAAGCUUAUCAACAUCUUAAAGAUCAGUUUCAAUUGAGCAAGGAGGAGUGGGAAAAGGAGAGAUCUUUGCUGGUUGGUGAAAUAUCUUCCUUGCAGAUGAGUUUGAAUUCUCAGACAAGAACUUUGGAGGGGCUUCAAUCACGUUUCGAGAUGUGUAAUCAUGCUUUGGCUUGCGAAGAAAGUAAGAGGAAGCUUUUGGAGGCUGAAAUAUCCGAGUUCAAGACUAGUUUUGAGGAUGUUUAUGGUCAGUGUGAAGAAAAGAAGUUUGAGAUAGAAGAAUUGACCGUUCGGAGGAAUGAUGAGAUAGCCGAGCUAAGAAACUCGUUGGCAGAGAAAGAGAUUCUUGUGAAGGAAUUGGAAAGGAAAAUUGUUCUCCUUGAACAGGAUAAUCAGGAAGUGGGUGAUUUGCUUAAAGAAUUUAGAGAAGCUCAAAUACGUGGUGCGGGAGGGAAUUCUAUGACAUCUAAGCUUCGCAACAAGCUUAGAAAGUUGGAGGAGGUUCAUAAAAACUGUUCUUCAGUUCUCAAGUCUAAAGAAUCUCAAUGGGAUUGUCAGGUAGCAAAGAUGGAAGCAGAUGUUAUUGGUUAUCAAUCUGCACUAACCAACAAAGAACAAGAAAUUAGGGAGCUUCAGAUAGAACUGGAAAAUUGUUAUUGUGCUAUUGAAGAGAAUCAUAUUGAACUGUUGAUCUUUAAAUCUGUCCUUGCUGUUGCUGAUGCUUACUCCAAAUCAUUCGGUACAGAAACCGGUAAAGCAGUUUGUGUCGAAGAGAAUGGCGAUACGAUUCUAAAUUUUAGUGAGCAACUGAGAUUGAAAGAUAAUUCUCUAAAAACUAUGGCACAAAAACAAUUUCUGUUGGAGGAAGAGUUUGAACACCAGAAGAAAUGUCUUGAGGAAUCAUCUGCAGGCCAACUCAUAUUGAAAGAACAGCUCUUGCAGAUGGAAAACACCCUAAAACAUGAAAGAAAAGUUUCAUUUGAGGCUCUAGAAAUGCUAAAACAUGAAAUGGCCAGUAAGAAUGAUGAACUAUCUCGAUUAGAUUGUGAAGCGCGGCAUUGGAAGUCUACUGUUGAAACUCUUAGAGUUUCCUAUCAAGAAAUUCAGGGAACGUGUAAAGAGAUGGAAACUUCUCUUCUGUCACGGGAUGCAAAUGAGCAAGCCCUUAAGCUGGAGAACAAAAACCUUCUCUGCAUUGUCAAGGAUCAGGAGAGGGAUACAGAAGACCUUCAGCUGCAGAUAGCUUUACUGGAAUCCUGUAAUGCAGAGAAAGCAAAGGAAGCCGAGAGAUUUAAGCAAGAGAAAGAUGAACUUGUCCAAACAAUGAUGGAGAAGGAUUGUUGCAUAAAAGAUCUUGAGAAAGAUAUAGCCGUUGCGAGCCUGAAGCAAGAAUCCAUAAAAAAAGAAUUAGAAGAUGCAGUUCUUGCUCAACUAGAUGCACAAAAAGCCCUUCAGCAGGAGGAAGAUCUUCUUUGGAAGAUUAAAGACGAGAAAGAUGAAACUAUAAAGCACUUUCAGGAGCUAGCUAAAGCAUCAGAACAAGAUUUUUUGGAGGCCCUGUGUUUCUCGUUUUCAAUUCAAGUGGAAAAGUUGGUUGAGGUUAGCAUGGUUACAGAGGCUUUGAAGAAUGCAGAAUACCUGACAAAGCUAGAAAUUGAAGAGAAGAGCACAAGAAUAAUUAAAUCAGAAUUGGAAAUUAAAAGUUUGCUUGAGAAUUUGGCACAGACUGAAGAAUCAUAUUGCCAUUUAAAACACGAAGCGAAGCAGUUUCAAUUAUCAUUAGAAGCCAUGGAGUUAGAAACUAAAAAGUUGACGAAUGAAAAGCAGAAGAUGGAACAGAUGAUUGCAGAGAUCAAGUUUGAGAAUGGAAAUUUGCUUCUAGAUAUUACAAAGUUAUCGACAGAAAGGGAAGAUAUGUUGGCACAUAUAGAGUACAUCUAUGGCAAAAUUGGUGAUUUGUCUAGUGAGGAUAUGCAGUUCAACACUUCUAUAGAUGAGGAAAAUGAAACAGCAAUGGAUUCAGUAGUUUGUGAUAAGCUACAUGGUUCUGCUCAAGAUAGUGCAAAUGGUCUUCUUUUUCCUUGCACAAAUAAAAAAAUUGAAGAAAAUUUUGAUGGCCGAUUGCCAUUGAGAGAGGUUAACAGUUUGCAUAUGUAGACCAGAGAAGAAUUUUGCGUUCUUGCUGAAGUAAAUGCCUUAAGGUGUUGAUUGUUUCUCAAGCAAGCUGAAUCUGUGCUGGCAACUUUGUAUACUCUUUACAUCUGCUCUAUGAUAUGCAUUAGAAGGGUGGAAGAUAAUAAGAUGAUAUCACUCGUGUAUGAUCUAUUCUGUUGUUUCACUAAUUGACACACGUUUGCUUUAGAGAUGUAUGGAUUAGUUGAAUGUUAACUCUGUUGAACAAUUUUCUCAAAAAAAAAAAAAAAACCUCUGUUGAACAAUAUCAAAAUAAAUCUCGGAUUCUUGGUCCA